GAAUAGAGACAGAGGGGAGCAAAAGUAUUUGGCUAGUCGAAACGUUGUCUCGUUAACCGGGAUAACUUUUGCCCAUAUGAACAGGCCCUAAGUUUCUACCACAGAAAUAUAGAAUAGAUAUUGGGUUUCUGCUUAGACCGCGAGCAGUACCCGCGGAAAGAGGGACUGCUCGGAGUCUAGUUUCUACUUUCAUGCUCUGACUAACCACGGUUACUAACUGACUUUCAUCUAAAAUGGCGCCAACCAAGGCCAAGGCCCCAACUGCUGACGAUUCGGUUAGUACGAGUACUAGUAGAGCCGAACUCAAACGAAGUUCUAGCAUAAAUAUUCCCUUGGUGCUUCGACCAGCGACUUUUGUGGCCAAUAUUACUAAAGAAAAUGAUCUUUUUAAUGCCACUGAAACUAACAUUCGGGCGAAACUCCACUCAGAGAAAGAAGAAGAUGUGUCGCAAGAUGGUAAGCGUACUUUUUUAAAGAAUUUUAUCAUAUAAUUUUAUUUUAUAAUCGUUUGAAUCUGGCUUUAACUUUUGGGAAAGAAAGUCGAUGCCAUUUUGAAUUUUUGUUGUCGUUUUGUAUGUUGUCUUUUGAACACGUUUGUCGGUUUGUGAUCAAAUUAUUUGUAGUUUUAAUUAAGGGCAAUGGUAUUUAGUUUGCAGCAGUAUUUAAACGUAAAAAUAUAGACAUUUUGAAAUUUGAACUCAUUUUGAGCAUAAGCUCAUAAUCGCCAUAUCUAAAUCUCAAUUAAAAAAACUCGCUCUUUUCUUUAAGUAUUUAAUAAUAUAAACAGAGUGUUUAGUGAAUGCGUAUUUAAACGCAAAUAUAGUGUGGUUUUUGGAAGGGUACAUGUACAAUUUUGUAUGAUUUUUCGCACUUUCAUUUUCCAAAGCAUAUAUAAUAAUGACGCAAAUAUUCUUGCACAUCAAUGGAAGGUUGUUUGGUUGUCAUUUAUAAUAGAAUUCAAAAAUGUGGCAUUAGUGGUUAAAUUAGAGACUAAAAUGUAGCAAUUUAGUAACGCUUUUUCAGCGUGAAAAUUCAGCCUUGGGUAAUAAAGUUAAUAUAAUUUUGUUUGUAUCAAUCAUUGGUAUCAAUAUCGUCAGGAAUGGUUAUUGAUAUAUAAAUUAUCAAAAAUGUAGUUCCAUGCCUUUUCCGUUUUACUCAAAUGAGUUCACUAUUUUGUAAAUCCAAACUUUAAAACUAGAGCUAUAACCCAUUGUACAUGACGUCACAGCGCCGGUAACGAUGCAUCUGGAUGACAAAUUAGCAAUCUAUGCAUAAUAUAGAGUGCUUGCAUGUGAAAUCAUAAAAAUUCUAAAAGCUUAUGUCAAACAUAAUGUGGACCUGUGUGAUAAAAUAUAACUUUUCUUGAGCAUUUACUACACGGCCGUCAUGUUGGUGGCCCAAUAUUAUGCAAUCUCAGGCCACCAACAUGGCGGCCAUGUAGUAAAUGCCCAAGGAAAGAUAUAUUUUAUCACACAGGUCCUCAAUUAUGUUUGAUGUGAAGUAUAUAAAGCUUUUGAAAGCCCACCAAAAUAUUUCGACUUAGGUUUGGAAACCGUGUAACUUAUAACGGCCUUUGAAAAUAAUGCUGAUGUCAGCAAUAUAAAUUAUUUGAGCCCCUUUAAUUCAUGAAGGAAUUACUGUAUCAACUUGAAUAGCCUGUGAGCAGGCUCUCAAGGUGAAAUGCACUGAUGGCAUACAAUUUUGAAUAUCUGUGUCUCGAAUCGGGACGUGAAACUUUCAUUGGUCAGAUGCUAUAAUUUAUAUGUUUCCGCUGAGCUCUAUAUAUGUCAACUGCUGAAGCACUGUGCAUAAAAAACACAUUAAUUGAUCAAAUUGGUCUUGGCCAUCUUAUCUCAAAGCACAAAAUGUUCUGUUUUGAGAAAACAGUGUUCUGUUUUGAGAAAACAGUAUUUAAUUAAAACAUUUAAAUUUUUGCUUUGAAUGUCUAAUAGUUUGAAAAACAGUAUAAUUACUGUAUGGUCUAAAUUUAGUUUGCACGAAAGUUGUAAAACAACACCACAUAAGAAUAGACAUUCCAUAUUUGGAAAUACAAACGUUACGGGGCAGAUAUUCAAAAUUGUAUGUCAUCAGUGCAGGCUCUCAUUUCACCUUGAGAGUCUGCUCACAGGCUACGACUUGAAAUUUUAGUAAACACGAAGCUCUAGGAAGAUGUUCUGUGACUGGUUGAUUAUGACAAUGACAAAAGAUCUUUAGAAAAUCCAUUCUUUUAUUCUUUUUAUUUUUUUUUAAUUUUUUUCUUUUAUUCUUUUGUCAUUAUCAUAAUCAACCAAUCACAGAACAUCUUCCUAGAGCUUCGUGCCAACCCUGAAAUUUGCUAGGAAUACUUGUAGUAAGGAUAUAUGCUUAAGCUUUUAGAAUUUUUUUGACUUCACAUGCAAACACACUUAGUCUAUAAUUUUUGUAAACAAAGCAAAUUUUGUAUAAAAGUUUAUAAUAAUUUUGUAUUAAAAUGGUUAAUUUUUGUGCUGUAUGUGGUUGUUGUACCCGAACAGAUAUUGUUAGGGAGCAUCUGGAGGACACUUUAAGGAUUUGUGACAUCAGUACAAUGGGUCUAUAAAGAGAAUUUUCUUCAAAGUGUGGGUGGUGACCCCUGGCAUUUUUUGCCAAUCAGUGCUUCCAGUUUGAACUGUGUCUUUUGUUUUGUACAUACUUACCCAAACACAUUUGAAAUCCCGAGCAGACCAUUAGAAAUUCCGGGAGGAGAGGGGAAGGUGACAAUUACAAAAAAAGUGUAAAAAAUAUAUAAUUUUCAUCAAUAAUCUUGAAAAUGAGAUCAAGAUGACUUCGAAAUGUCGUUCUUUAAUAAAUUUGUUAUCGCUAUCAUAUUUGUCUAAAAAAUAUAUGUAUAAAUAUAUUUCUGAUGGCUGUGAAUUGGCCACACAAUUUGUACAAGAUUGUUACAACUGUUUUAUAUCACAAUAUCCUUGCCUAGUGUAACAUGACAUAUUUAUUUCAAGGACCCCAGUUUGAUCUGUACCUGCCUGAUACACACAUCGAAAGCCUUUGUGGGGUUGAUGGAGCCUUCAAAAGUUCCCAACUUGAGCCUAUCAGUGCUUCAACAAGUUCGAACCAAAUCUCCACAACCAAGGGUCUUCUGAUGACAUGGGAAUCUACUGGGAAAGGGGAAAAAAGAAAGAAGACAGAUGUUUCUAUGGAAGACUCUAAGAAGAAGAUCCACAAAAGACAGAAGACAGAUGUUUCUAUGGAAUCUGUAAAAGAAAGCAUGAAAAAUUCUGAGUCCAAGGACAGUGUUACAGACAAAGUUACAUUUGAGUUUGGUGAAGUUAAAGCGAUCACAAACAACAUGCAUGAAAUUGCAUACGAGAACUGUAAAAAGACAGUUGACACAGUUGGUGAUGGUAAACAGAAAGCCAGAAUGAAAGUUGGUUGUGUUGCCACACAGCAGACCCCCAGCUUUCGCAAUGGUAACAGUAAGGUGUGUUGUUCUUGUGUUCAAGCACACAGGGGUGGUGAUGAUGGUGGUGAUGGUGGUGAUGGUGAUGAUGGUGAGGGGAAGCCAUCAAAAAAGCCUCUAGAGGUUGUGUCGUGCAGCAAUGCAGGCAAGCAGAAGCCCAAGAAGAAGAAAUCUUCCAGUGAAAUGGAUGUUGACCAUGUAUCAUCAAGUGCUAUGGACAUGAGUUGUGAAAGCACUGUAACUGAAAACACAAGUGACGUAGAGGUGGGUGUCUGAAAAAAAGCUUUGUUUGGUAUAAAAUUCCACAUCUUUUUAAUAGCAAAGCCUUUGAUCUGAAAGGCUGGAACUUUAUCAUCGCAAAUAAUAAUACUAUUGGCUAAAAUUCUGUGUUAUUAGUUAAUGUACCCACCAGUUUUAAAUUACUUUGUUUUACUUUAUGAUAGGUGAUCUCAGAUCAACAGCAGGAGAAUACACCUCGUGUACAGCCUCAGUUUACUCAGGAGUUUGUCGAGAAAUUAGGGAAAUUACCUGGUUAUGUUAACCAUUACGACUUCUGUGGUACAAGACCCUGUGUUACAUGUCAUACGGUAGGUAUUAAAAUCCUUCAGUAAAUUUGUGAAAAAUAUUUGAACAUUACAAAAAGUCGAUGGCAAUUAAAUGUGUUGCAUGUCAUUGAGCAAGAAAAUUUGAACUACAUCCCUUUGCUACCAAUUAAUAUACCAGCCCUUGUCAUUGGAAUAUUUUUGCCUUGGCAAAACUGGCAAACUGAGACAAGUAGGAAUGUUCGAUAUACUGAUUGAAACCAACAUCGGUUUAUUGGUAUGAAUUUUUCAGUCAUACCGACGUACUGAAAUUUACGAAUAUAUUGUAGUUUUUCGGUAUACCAUAUCAAAUUUACAUACCAUGCAUACGGCAAAAUCAUUAAUUUUUUUUACUCAAAUGCAAAGUAAAAGAAGCAGACAUUUUGUGUUAAAAACAAUGUCUGUUUAUGAAAUUCCUUUGAAACAGCUUCGAAAUUAUCAUAAACAGUGUUUCGACUUUUCAAAUUAUUCAAAAUUUAAAAUUUCCAAGAGGCAAGUCAGGAUUAACAUUAUUUCACUGAUAUGUGUUAACUGCCAUUGUUAGCUGCUAUGUAAUAGUGCUCAGUAAAACCUGUUAACCGUUGUUUGUCAAGUAAGGAUUAUUUCAUGACUACAUUUAAUUUUCCAAAAUAAACUUUUGCAGGUCGAAACAACUCUGAUCCAACACCAUUUUAAUGAAACAAAUGGUACAUGUAGAUGUCCAAAUUGCAAACUGUGGUUGUGUGUGCUUAAAUAUCAUACUGCGACCUGCAUAUUUGAGCAUUGCAUUAUUUGUAAAAAGUAUGUACAAUUUUUACCACUUUUUUGCCUUAUUAAAAUUUGACAUGAUAGCAUAAUUUUUACCAUACCAGUUUUCUUGUGGUUGAAACAAAAUUACUGUUUCAGAACUCACUAUCCCCUCCUGUAGACUCUGUAGUAUUGCCAUUGGAUCAACUGUAAAUGUUCUUACUUGUUCAUUCAUUAUUCUGCUUUCAGGGCCAAGGGUAUACCAAGCCCAGCUCCUGCAGCCCCUGUGAUUUUUCAUCAGACACCGAGUCUUGAUCCCAAUGACUUGAUUGUUUGGCGGGUAUGUGACUUCACUGUUUAAUUUGAAUUGAGCAUUCUAUCAAAUGAUGCUGCUGUUAACAUCAAACUCUGUCAUUAUAUAGUGAUGGCAAACCUUUUACAUUAAGUGAACUUUUGAGUUCAUGACAACUAAAUAAUAUAAUACAUUGAAAAAUAUCCAAAUUCUCAAAAUACAGGCCUUAAAAUAUCUUUUACAGGGCCGUCUGACAAAAUGUCCGGUGACGUUGAGUUUGGGUGGGACAUAUGUCCGAUGAUUUUCAGUUCAGUUUUGACUUGGAAAUAAAUCUGAAUGACACAAAUGAAUUAUGAAUAAACGAUAAAUAUUGUAAAGAUAAAAAAUAAUUUGUUUCUUUCAUACUUAUUUCCAAGCCAAAAUCAACUUGCUUUCCAGAACAGCAGUAUUAAAAAAGACUUCGACAACUUAAGCCUGUUUUCCACUUCACCAUUUCGGUCGCCGCCCCGCGCUAGCGCUCGACUACGUUAAAAGAACAUUUCCAGUUCACCUUUUAUACAAUAGUACUCUGAUUUUCCAUUUAACAUACAAGCCUCUAGUCCUGGGCUAGCCGGUACAUUUUGAUUUACGUCGGACAAAGCUACAGUUUGGUCGGACACCAAUACACUCGGGUCGGACAAACAAUAAAUCUCAGUUUCACUUUGGUCGGACAAAAUGUCCAGUGGUUUCCUCUCUAUGUCAGACAAUUUCACGAAUGGGUCGGACAAUGUCCGUGACCGACCGAUAUUUUAAGGCCUGCUUGAAAAUACAUUUAUUUUGAGAAUUUGGAUACCAGGAAAAAAUUCCAAUGUCACGCCCUGCAGUAGAGUGGUUAAAAAGUCAACACAUAACCUUACAUUAUAUAUGGAUGCAUACUCAAAACCUUAUUUAACAUCGAUGGGUGUGUUGCACCUUGACCACUUGACACUUGACCACAACUGUUAGCAAUCAAUAUUUAUUUUGCUGAUUGCUCUAGAACAAAAAUUUUCCACAUGAUAUUACUCAUUUUGAAGAAGAGAUUACAUGUUUAUAGAGAUUUAACGUUAAGAGAGGCUUACAAUACUUUUGGGAAAUCAAAUUAGGUUACUGCAAAACAACGUUUGCGGUAACCCAGGUUUGGUUAUCGCAAUUUUGGGCUAGUAUUUGUGGGUUCUUGUGGGAGUUGACCGGUCAGAAAUUGCAUUUGACUGAUCACCAUGGCCUGCAUAACAUUAAAGGUGCUCUACAGUCCGUAUGUAAACAAAGCCUUUGUUUACAUUUUUGUGUCCAAAAUAUUGAGCUUUAUUCAACAACUAUUUAUAUUUUCAAGCUUCUAGAGUAUAAUAAAUGAUCAAGAAACAAUAAUCAGGCUUUUCAAGAACCCAAAACAUAGUUAAACUGUUUGUAUCAUAGAAAGUGGGCUGCUUUGUGCACAUGCGCAGAUCGGACUGUAGAUCACCUUUAAACAUUUUGAGCCCUGACUUCACAUCUUAACCAAACCUACUUAACCAAUGCAAACAAAUAAGUAAUGUAACAUAAUAUACUGAUUGGUGUAGGAUAAAUGUGUUCCAGAAGACAUCACACAUUUCAAAGAGGACCACCAUUACAUGUUAAAAGAUUCCAUCAUCGGUAAAGGUGGUCAUGGAGCAGUCCAAGAUAUGAUAAUGUCAGAUGAUGUCAAGAAAAACAUGUUCAACUCGGAUUGUAUUGACUUUGUCAUGAAAAAGGUACU